AUCUCAUGAAAUGCAACAUUUCGAAUUUCAAAAUUUACACCAAACGAAUAACACACCAAGAAAAAAAUAAAGGAAAAAAGAAAAAGAGCAACUAAACAACUCAACUGAGUUCAACUAUUUCAAGAGAUUUUUACAUGAUCAACUUCACUCACUGCUAUCGGCAACUUGACCAUAUGAAAUUAUGAAUAGCCCAUCAUGCCGGCGGCUGACUUGGGCACUCGCCCGAGGCCGCAUCGGCCGCCGGACCUUACACUCCUACUCCUACUCAUACUCACCAUCACUAUCACUACCGUCUAGACGGCCAAAUCUCAGGUCGCUGAAUUACAUCCUGGCAGACGUACCUCAUACUUCCAGCCUCCGACACGCCCGAGGCAAAAAAACAAGGUCAUCGAUAAGGCUCGAAGACCUUCCGCAGGGUCCUAUAAAAUCGGCCAAGAAAGACGCCCGCCCAGCCCCCCUCCCGGACCUGGACGAGGGGCCGGCGUAUCCCACCGUGGUGCUGCAGGCCAGCCGCAAUAUCAAGCGGUUCGACGGCUGCGUGCUCCUCACCCGGGUCGGCGGCUUUUACGAGCUGUAUCUCGAGCAGGCGGAGGAGUACGGGCCGCUGCUGAAUCUCAAGGUCGCGCACAAGAAGACGAAUGCCGGGCCUGUGCCAAUGGCUGGCUUCCCCUUCUUCCAGCUAGACCGGUUUCUCAAGACCCUGGUCCAGGAUCUCAACUGCUACGUCGCCAUCGCCGAGGAGUUCCCUAACGACCCCGGGGACAAGAUCAAGUCGAACGGGCUGAUGCACGACCGUCGGGUCACGCGCGUCAUCACGCCCGGCACCCUGAUCGAUGAGAAUUUCAUCGAUCCCUAUGCUAAUAAUUACGUCAUGGCCAUUCACAUCGACCAUAGCCGUCAGCAGGCUGGUGCAGCUAAGCCCGAUAGCAAUAUCAAAGGUAUAGAUUUGGGCCGUCUGACGCCGCCCCAAGUCGGGAACGCUGCUAUCCCGAUAGGAUUGGCUUGGGUAGAUAUAUCUACAGGGCAGUUUUACACGCAGUCGACGACAAUCACCUCGCUGGGAUCUAUCCUCUCGCGCGUCGGCCCGAGAGAGGUAGUAGUAGACCAAGUUCUGGAGUCGCAGAGGGACCACCAGCUCUUCUCGGUAUUAGCGGAAGACAAGCACUUGGUCACGUUCUCGCCGCACAGCGAGUAUCUACCACUAUCCGAAUGGGGUCCGAUGCUAGAAUCCGAUAUCCCGGCGCAGACGGCGCAGGCUUUCGGCUCGGGUGAAGUCCACGCUGGAAGUUUGCUCUUACAGUACGUGCGGGACCGACUUCAGGGUCUAAGCAUGAAGCUGCAGCCGCCGCAGCGUUACGACAACAUGUCCGUCAUGUCUAUCGACAAGAGCACCAUGCGGUCUCUCGAAAUCAAGCAGACCAUCCGGGACGGCACCUUUCGCGGGAGCCUGCUCCACGCCGUCCGCAAAACCGUUACUAAGGGCGGCGCCCGGCUGCUGACCUCUUGGCUUAGCGCCCCUUCGACGUCUCUAGAGACUAUACAGGCCCGGCAGGACCUUGUCGAGUACUUCAUCCAGCAUCCGGACCUGCGCGACGAGAUGGUAAUGCUGCUGAGGCGGAGCCACGACUCGCAGCGGCUCGUUCAGAAAUUUGCGCUCGGCCGUGGAGAUCCGGACGAUCUCAUCUCCCUCGCGAAUACCAUCCGCGCUACCCAAGACGUCGUCUCUCUUCUGAACUCUCCCACAGAGCCAUCUACUUCGAAAAGAAAACGAGCUUCUAGCGAGGCAGCGAGCUGCUUCACGGCCCUACUCUCGCGCAUCACGCUCAAGGAACCGGCUCACCUUGCCGACCGCAUCAAGACAUCCAUCGACGAGGAGGGCUUAGUGCAGCAGCAGCGCGACGAGGACAGCGAGGCAACCCAAUUACUGACCCUAGCCGAAGACGUCGUCGCCGCCGAGGGCGCGGCAAGCGACGCGUCCGCGCUGCCUAAGGGGGCUAUGAAAAAGAAGAAGCAGGCUACUUCGAUCAGGGAGUUCUACACGGAUGAUAACGUCGCUUUCGCCUGCAAGCCCGAGGCCAGCAAGGGCCUGCGCGAGCUCCACGCCAAGCUGUCGUCUCUGCAGCAGGAGAAAUCCAACCUCGCCGAGGAGCUGCGCGCCCGGUACGACGUCCCCAGCCUGACGCUGCGCUGGACGCCGACUCUCGGGCACGUCUGCCACGUCAAAGGCGUCAAGGACAUGCGGAAGAUCAUCGAUAGAAAAGACAACACCAACGAAGACGGAGAUGGAAGCGGCGCCGCGACCACGACCACGACGGCGGCGGUAGUCGUCAGCUCGAGCCGCAGCACGCGGGCCUUCAAUGUGCCCGAAUGGACAACGCUCGGCCGACGCAUCCACCAGACGCGCUACGAGAUCAACAUAGAAGAGCAGCACUUGUUGGCCGAGCUGCGCGCCCUCGUGGUGUCUAACCUCGUGAAGCUGCGGCGCAACGCCGCCGUGCUCGACGAGCUCGACGUCACCGCGUGCUUCGCCCGACUGGCUGCCGAGCACGGCUGGACGCGGCCUCUGCUCCACGACAUCAACACCACCACCUCGUCCUCCUCGUCCUCCUCUUCUUCUUCCGCUGCUACCCCUGCAACUGCUACGGCAAGUGACGAACACGUCGUCCUCGGCGGCCGACACCCCACCGUCGAGGCGGGACUACGCGAGAACGGUCGCUCGUUUACCAAGAACGACUGCUGUCUCGGCGGCUUGACCACCACCAUCACCACCACCACCACUAUCAAUACCCCGCCUUCCCCCUCCUCCCCUAAUGCCGAUACUCCUCAACAAACACAAAGCCACCACCACCACCCCCACCACCACGGCCGGCUCCUCCUCAUCACCGGCCCCAACAUGGGCGGCAAGAGCACGUACCUGCGGCAAAACGCGCUGAUCUCGAUCCUGGCGCAGGCGGGGAGCUUCGUGCCGGCGACGUACGCGCGGCUGGGCGUCGCGGACGCGGUGUUCUCGCGGGUCGGGUCGGCGGACAACCUGUCGGCGGACCAGAGUACCUUCAUGGUGGAGAUGCUGGAGACGGCGGCGAUCCUGCGCCUCGCGACGCCGCGGUCGCUCGUCAUCAUGGACGAGGUAGGGCGGGGCACCACCCCCGAGGACGGCGCCGCCGUCGCCUUCGCCGCCCUGCACCACCUCGCCACCGUCAACCGCUCCCGCGCCCUCUUCGCCACGCACUUCCACGCGCUGGCCGACCUGGCCGCCGAGCGGGGGCUGAUGCGGGAGCAGGGCGGUGCGGGGGUCGUGGAUGCGUACUGCACGGAUGUCGAGGAGGAUGGGUCGGGGGGCUUCGUCUACGUGCAUAAGCUGCGGAAGGGCGUCAAUCGCGAGAGCCACGCGUUGAAGGUCGCGCGGUUGGCGAAUCUACCUGAGGCGGCUAUUGCUGUUGCUAAGGAGGUUUUGCAGAAGAGCAGUAGGGGCUCUGGUUAAAAGAAGGAGAUAAGAAAGGUGAAUGAAAAAAAAAGUGAUAUCACAAGGGGUGGAAUGAAGAGUCAAAUCACGAGCUACUGCGACUACGUUACGUUACGUUAUGAUACCCCCAUACCAUACCCCAUAUCAUACAAAACAACACAAUAACAGUCAGCCUACGAAGAUUGAAAAACGAAGUAGGUAGGCUGUAAGUCAUGUAAAUUUACGGUUCAAGGUUUAAGUAAAGACACUCCUGUGUUCCUGGAAACCGAGUUAGCCCCCAGCUCUCCAUGUACGAUAUGUACGAAUAAAAUAAGUUUUAAGGGUAGAUUGUGUCUCAUAGGGUGA